AAAAUAAAAAAAAAUAUAACUUUGUAUAAAUUAUCGCCAUCUUUUUUGGAAUCGAGUUAUAACCUGACGUCAUUUGGUCAACGUGCAUGCUGUAGUUAUAAUUUUUCAAUCAAUGGUCUGGAAGCUGGUGAAAAUUUAUUAGAACAAAACGUAACUCGUUACAUGGAAUGUUUUGAUACCGACACCGAUCCGAAUUCAGUUAGAAUUUGUCGGCCUAAAUCUCUAGAUAUUGCGUCAGUUGAGGGUGGAUCACCAGUAAUUGAUAACAAUUACACGAUCUAUGGAUUUAUAGAAAAAGAAUGCAAAAUAAUAAAUAAAUUUCAUCAAAUUGCUCCUUAUUUUGAGGGCAUUAACGCGAUAAUUAAUCGCGAUUUAAAUCGUCGGCAGUUAAAAAUAAAAGAAAUUACUCGAAGAUUUACAAAAUCAGCCAUCAUUAUUACUAAAGAUGAUGAUAAUGGAUGUCUAGGUGUACCGAUAACACAACGACACAUAAUUUAUUCGAAAUUAUGCAACAAAAUUGAUUCCAAUGCACAGGUUGGGUCAAUUUUCGUCGCGAGCUUUAAUUGGGACGCAAAUACUUUAUAUCGGCCUGUAAAAAAACGCCGAGAAUUCGGUGGUAAUUUUAUUCUUUUGACGCUUGAAAACGAUAUCGAAAAAACGAUACCCCUCUAUAAAUUACCAUCAGUCCAACUACAGUCUCAUGAUGAAUUAUUAUCAUUUGGUUAUACUGCAUCUUGUUAUAACGACGGCGAGUAUUCACAAGAAGGAGACGAUCCAUUUUUUCGCAAAACUGUUUAUUAUGAUCCAAGUGGGGUCUUAACUCCUAGACAAUAUUUACAUAAUCACUAUUUAUUCCAAUACAGUUAUUAUCUGCAGAUGAGCAAAGGAUCGCCGAUUGUCAAUAGAGAUAACAACAUAAUCUUCGGAUUUGCAGAAUUUGAAUGCGCCACUUUCGGUUCCUUCAAAUCCAUACUAAAUUACUCUCUUUCAAUAACCGACGCUGUCUUACAAGAUUCAUUAAAUAAUUAA